CGGCUCUGCUGCCGGGCGGCGUCCGUGCGUCCGGCCGGCACGGGAAGCACCCGCGCUGCGGGCCGGGAACAAAGCGCCGCGCUCUGCCUGCCGGCGAGCGGGGGGCCCCCCGGCGCGAUCCCGGCAUGGCCGCGGCCCGGCGGACGGAGCUGGAGACGGCCAUCGAGACGCUCGUCGCCGUCUUCUGCAGGCACGCGGCGAGGGAGGGCCGGGGCGGCGCGCUGACGGCCGCCCGGCUCCGGCGGCUGCUGCGGCUCGAGCCGCCCGAGCUCUCGCAGGACGCCGGGACGAGCGAGCUGGACACGAGCCGCGACGGGGAGCUGAGCUUCGGCGAGUACUGGCGGCUCCUCGGCGAGGCGGCCAGGAGCGUCCGCCGGGACGGCGCGGGGACGCCCGAGUGACGGCAGCGCCACAGCGCAGCCCUGGAUGGGAAACUCCAAAAUCGCAGCCCAGGCUGGGGGCAUCAGGGCCGUUCCCACGCGUCGCCAAGCCGUGCU